CUCAUAUCCUCUUCCCAUCCGAACGCCAUCGUCACUGUUUCCGGCGGAGCCACGGCCACCGCCCCCUUCUCCCCCACUCGCGCGGCCGGCGCGCCGCCCAUCAGCACUUCCUCCCCCCACUGCGGCCUUCCUCUCCCCUGUGCCUCCUCCUCGCGCGCACUGCCGGCGAGCAGGUCUCGAGCCAGUGGGCGGCGGCGGCGGCCUGCCUCAUUCCACCGGCCUCCACUCCUAUCGAACUGAAGGCAGGUCCCCUCUGCAUUGGUCACCAUGGCGCUCACGCUUCUCCGAGGGAUCCGAACACCAAUGGUAGCUAGGAGGAACGCUGGAUUGUUCUUCACCACCUUGCAGACCCCGUUGUCCCGCUUCGCGACGAGGGCAGAGAGCGCGCAGGCUACCGAGCCCAAACCACCGGCGCCCAAGUCGAUUCAGCUGGCGACCAAGGAGGCGGCGGAGCAGAAGACGCAGGGCUUCGAGGCGGUCAUCGGGAUCGAGACCCAUGUCCAGCUCUCAACGGUCACGAAGGCGUUCUGCUCCUGCCUCUACAGCUACGGGUCGCAGCCGAACAGCACCGUGUGCCCUACCUGCAUGGGGCACCCCGGGACGCUGCCCGUGCUGAAUGCGAAGGUUGUCGAAUGCGCAGUGAAGCUUGGCCUCGCUCUCAACUGCGAGAUCGCGAUGACGUCCAAGUUUGAUCGGAAGCAGUACUUCUACCCGGACCUGCCCAAGGGCUACCAGAUUUCGCAGUUUGACAUUCCCAUUGCCAAGGAGGGUUACCUUGAUUUGGAUCUUCCUAUGGAGUUUGGCGGUGGGCAUAGGAGAUUUGGGAUCACAAGGGUGCAUAUGGAAGAAGAUGCUGGCAAGCUGCUUCACUCUGAAUCCGGGAGUUACUCUCAGGUUGACUUAAAUAGGGCUGGUGUUCCUUUGCUUGAAAUUGUCUCAGAGCCAGAUAUGAGAACAGGGAUAGAGGCUGCCGAGUAUGGUGCUGAGAUACAGAGGCUGGUUAGGUAUCUGGGCGUGAGUAACGGUAACAUGCAGGAAGGUUCCCUUCGCUGUGAUGUGAAUGUUUCUGUUCGGCCAAUUGAACAAUCAAAAUUUGGUACGAAGGUUGAAAUAAAGAAUAUGAACUCAUUUUCUGCAAUAAAUAGGGCAAUAGAUUAUGAGAUCUCCCGGCAGAUUCUUCUUCACAAAGAAGGCCAGGCUGAUCAAAUUGUACAAGAAACCCGCCUGUGGGAUGAAUCCUCUCAGAAAACUUUUACAAUGCGAAAAAAGGAGGGACUUGCUGAUUACAGAUAUUUUCCUGAGCCUGAUCUUCCAGAAAUUGUUCUUAAUAGUGACUACAUUGAUGAAAUUCAAAAGUCAAUGCCAGAGCUUCCAGAAGCAAAACGUAGGCGCUACGAGAAUAUGGGACUCAGCAUGCAAGAUGUUCUUUUCCUUGCUAAUGACGAUAAUGUUGCUCGAUUCUUCGACUCUACUCUUGGGCAUGGCGCUGAUGCAAAGCUGGCUGCCAACUGGAUCAUGGGUGACAUUGCUGCUUAUUUGAAAAAUGAAAAACUUACCAUUGAUGAGAUUAAAUUGACACCUCUGGAGCUUUCUGAACUGAUCGCGUCUAUAAAGAACGGAACUAUCAGCGGGAAGAUUGGCAAGGAGAUUCUGAUUGAACUCAUUGCCAAAGGUGGAACCGUCAAGUCUGUGAUAGAGGAGAAAGAUUUAGUUCAGAUAGUAGAUCCUGCAGCAAUCGAGGCAAUGGUGGAUCAGGUAUUAGCUGACAACCCAAAGCAACUUGAGCAGUAUCGGUCCGGUAAAACUAAGUUGCAAGGAUUUUUUGCUGGCCAGGUGAUGAAAGCAUCAAAGGGUAAAGCCAACCCUGUUUUGUUGAACAAAAUCCUUGGGGAGAAAUUAAAGGCCAGUAGUUGAGGGGGUUUAUCGAUACAGGGAGACUCAAUACAGUCCAUGAGUGGACAAUCGAACUAAACCCUGGAAUUUGGGGUCCAUAUUUGUCAACGAUGAAUUAUAUUAGCUUGGUAGCUGUAAAUGUUACUUUGUGAGUAGGUUAUUUUUCUUCUUUUCCCAAAGAGAAUUUAGUAAAA